CCCUCCUCGGCGUGGCGAGAGAGACCCGCAGGUCAGCGCGUCGCCUGGAAGAGGGGGGACUGCGGGAAACGGGCCGGUGGGUGUUGCCGCUCAUCUCACGUCACGGAAGCGUGGUUGUGAAGUGGUGGGGACGGAGAAAAAGUUAUAAAUCUCAACCCCGAGGGGAGUGGGAAAGGGAUGACUGAAGCCCCUUUAAGCGAGGCGCGCUCGGACUGGAUGCUCACCAUCACACUCAGGACUCAAGCUACUGUAGGAAUCCUGCUGUUAUUCCUGUUUCUUGCUCUCUGAACGCCGGGAUGUCAGUGUGCUAAUCCAUCGCGUUGUUAACUCUGGACCGUCACAGGGGCAGCUGUAAAAAAGGGAAUUGUGCUCUCCGAACCUUCUUUGCCGAAAGGAAAGGCAUUCAAGAAACGCGAUGAUGCAUCUUGUGUUGAUAGUACUUUGCGGACUCUCUGGAAGCGCACUAUCAAAGGUCCCGAGAUCCAAAGGAAGGCUAAGUUUGCCUGUCCUGAGUGUCCUUGGUAGACAGCUUGUCAUUGAGGCCAACCAGACUCUGCAGCUGCAGUGCAAGGGCAGGUCGGAGCUCUCCUGGGCGUAUCCGGAGAGAGUGACUGUGGGCAGACAGAAGCUGAAUAUCACAGGGAAUCGCUGCGGAAGAGGCAAAGAGCUCUACUGCAGCACCUUAACCCUCGUCGCAGCCCAAGCUCAGAGCACUGGCUCCUACAGCUGCAAGUACUCGCGGAAGAGGAAAAGACAGGCAACUGUGUAUGUUUACAUCAAAGAUAGCUCCAGGCCCUUUGUGGAGCUGCACAGUGAGAACCCAGAGGUUGUCUACAUGACAGAGGGCAGUGGGCUGAUCAUUCCCUGCCGAGUGACUGCUCCAGACAUCACCGUCUCCCUGAACAAGCAGUUUCCUGCAGAAAGGCUUGUUCCUGAUGGGAAAAGUGUAAUCUGGAAUAGCAAGCAGGGCUUCAUUAUUCCAUCCCCUACGUACAGGAACAUUGGGCUGUUCUCCUGCGAGACGGUGGCGAAUGGAGUCCUGUACAGCACCAAAUAUUUAACACACAGGCAAGUGAAUAAAAUCAUCGAUGUGUACCUGAACGCCACCAGUCCUCUGAGGAUGCUCCAUGGAGACAGGCUGGCUCUGAACUGCACUGUCACUGCAGAGUGGAACGCCAGGGUAGUGUUCACCUGGAGCUAUCCUGGGAAGGCCAACAACUCCGCCACCAUCACUAAACGGAUGAUUCAGGGGAGCGCCAACGUCUUCUACAGCGUGCUGGUGAUUGACCCACUGCGCUCCUCCGACAGGGGCCUGUACAGGUGCCAGGUGCAGAGCGGCCCCUCGUCCCGGCAGACCAACACCACCCUCGUUGUCUACGAAAAGCCUUUCAUUAAUCUGAAACACAGACACGGACCCGUGGUGGAAGUGACAGCCGGCCAGAAGUCCUACCGGCUUUCAUCCAAGCUUAGGGCCUUCCCAUCUCCGGAAGUUAUAUGGCUAAAAGAUGGGAAGAUCGCCGCAGAGCAGUGCUCCCGCUACAGGGUUGAUGGGAACUCCCUGGUGAUCAGGGAUGUGUCUGAAGAGGAUGCUGGUGUUUACACAAUCCUGGUGGGGAUUCAGCAGUACAGCCUCUAUAGGAACCUCACUGUCUCGCUAGUUGUCAAUGUGAAGCCGCAGAUUGGAGAGAAGGCCGUGUCCCAGGACCCUGGCACCUAUGCCAGGGGCAGCAGGCAGACACUGCUCUGUACCGCCUACGCCUUCCCCCCGCCCCAGAUCCAGUGGCUGUGGCACCCCUGCCCGAAGAACAGCAUGAAAGGACUGUGCCAGCUGCCCCCGUCGACCAAGCGAACUCGUGUGCAGGUGACCACCAACGGCACAGACAUAGAGAACAGCGUCUCGAGUAUCUCACAAAGAUCCAAGGUCUUCGAGGGGAGGAAUAAGACCGUGGGGCUGCUGGUGGUGGAGCAAGCCCUGGUGUCUGGUUUCUACCGGUGCGUCGCCUCCAACAAGAUCGGCACAGACAGGAGGGACAUCAGCUUCUUCGUCACGGAUGUGCCCAACGGUUUCAGCGUGGAAGUGGAGGAGUCUCCCACCGAGGGGGCCGAGAUGCGGCUGGCCUGCACGGCCAACAGGUUCCUGUACACCGGCGUGACCUGGCACCUGCCCACACACACGGGCCCGCGGGCGCUAGCGGAGGGGGGAAACAGGAGCCAGCUGGCCCUGGGGGAGUACUCCAACACCCUGCACCUGCGGCUCGGGAACAUCACCCAGGAGCACUCCGGCACCUACACCUGCACCGCCCGGCGCCGGCACACGGGGGAGAUAGCCCGGCUGGAGCAGCGCGUCGACGUCAUCGCCCACCAAGCCCCACAGCUGCUGGGCAACCUGAGCAGUCAGGUUGUGAAUGUGAGCAGUACCAUCACCUUGACGUGCCUGGCACAGGGGGUGCCCAAGCCCCAGCUGGUCUGGUACAAAGACAACCAGGAGCUGCACCAAGGAUCUGGUAUCCUCCUGUCCACUGGGGGGAGCACUCUGCACAUUGAGCGGAUAACACAGGAGGAUGAGGGCUGGUACACCUGUGCGGCCACCAAUGAGAGAGGGUCUGUGGAAAGCUCUGCCUACAUUACAGUUCAAGCUGUUUACCACAGUGGAGUUCUUGCUCUGACUGGAAGUGCAGAUCUGACAGAGAAAUCCAACCUGGAGAUCCCCACCCUGACCUGCACCUGCAUCGUAGCCACACUCUUCUGGCUGCUGCUGACCCUCUUCAUCCGCAAGCUGAAAAGGCCCAGCACGCCUGAGAUCAAGACGGACUGCCUGUCCAUCAUUAUGGACCCGGGGGAGGUCCCUCUGGAUGAGCAGUGUGAGAGGUUGCCCUACGACGCCAGCAAGUGGGAAUUCCCUCGGGAGAGACUGAAACUCGAGAAGCCCCUGGGCCGGGGAGCCUUUGGAAAGGUGAUGCAGGCGUCUGCCUUUGGCAUCAAUAAAUCUUCAACCUGUAGGACUGUGGCUGUGAAAAUGCUUAAAGAGGGAGCCACCGCCAGUGAGUACAAGGCCUUGAUGACGGAGCUAAAAAUCCUCAUCCACAUCGGACACCAUCUCAAUGUCGUCAACCUGCUAGGCGCUUGCACGAAGUAUGGAGGCCCUCUAAUGGUGAUUGUGGAGUACUGCAAGAAUGGGAACCUCUCCAACUACCUCAAGAGCAAGAGAGAAGUCUUUAUACUGCAUAAGGACGGCAGUGCCCAGUUGCCACAGGACAGCCGGGGAGCAGCGCCGAUGGGGCCACAGGGGGAGGAGAAGGAGGGACAGGCCAGGGCCUGCAGCAGCCAAAGCUCCACCAGCUCCGGCUUCGAGGAGGAGGAGCGGAACCUCAAUGACACAGCUGAGGAAGAGCAGGGUUCAGAUGCCUUUUACAACAAACCCAUAGCGAUGGAAGACCUGAUCUCCUACAGUUUCCAGGUGGCCCGAGGGAUGGAGUUCUUAGCAUCGCGAAAGUGCAUCCACCGAGACCUGGCCGCCAGGAAUAUCCUCCUCUCAGAGAACAAUGUGGUCAAGAUCUGUGACUUUGGUUUGGCCAGAGAUAUUUAUAAAGACCCAGAUUACGUCAGGAAGGGAGACGCCCGGCUCCCUCUCAAGUGGAUGUCUCCUGAGUCCAUCUUCGACAAGGUCUACACUACCCAGAGUGAUGUGUGGUCUUAUGGGGUGCUGCUGUGGGAGAUCUUCUCUCUUGGAGCAUCGCCCUACCCAGGUGUGCAGAUAGAUGAGGAGUUCUGCACCAAACUGAAGGAAGGCACACGCAUGCGGGCCCCGGGGUACGCCACUCCAGAAAUUUAUAACACCAUGCUGGCCUGCUGGGAGACUGACCCCAAAGAGCGACCAACCUUCUCCGAGCUGGUGGAGACGCUGGGGGACCUGCUCCAGGCCAACGUCCAGCAGGAUGGGAAGGACUACAUUCCCCUGAACACCGUCCCGUCCCCGAACGGCGGCUCCCAGCGCUACAGCUCCUCCUCCACAGAUCUGUCGGCUGGCGAGGACGCCCAACAGCCCCGGUUUAGCUACCAGAGCACUGGAAGUCUGGGGUACAUCAACACCAGGAGAACUCAGAGUGUUAAGACAUUUGAUGAACUCUCUGUGAAGGACAGAACAUUUUCCGAUGACUACCAGACGGACAGCGGCAUGGUGUUGCCCUCCGAGGAGCUGCAGGCCCUCCGCUGGAGCUCCGGCAAGACAAGGCCGCUGUCCUCCAGCUGCGGUUUCAGGGCGGUGAGUAAGAGUCGUGAGUCGGUGCCGUCUGCAGUGGUGAGGCCCAGCGUGUACAGCGCCCCCUGUGGCCACAAAGGGGAUGACCUGCCAAUUUUCUCCUGUGGCAGCGACUAUGAGGAGCCCUGCUGCUCAACCCCUCCUCCAGACUACAACUCUGCUGUCUUCUACCCCCCGCUAUAAAACAAAGAGGGGGUGCGCCUCUCAGACUGCAGGAUUCCAAACCAUUGCGCGUUUUCAGAAAGGUUCUUGAACCUGUGUUUUCUGGGACUUUAUAACUUCAAUGCAGCUACUAGUGUCAAAGUCCAUCUCUGUAGUCCUUUAAAUGUGUAGUGGACUUUUGUCUUUUUCUCAUGUUAUUGUUUUAUUAACUGCUGUAUAUUAAUUCCAUUAUUUUCCAAUAGUCAUGCUGCUGGGUUGGUUGCAGGGAAGUUCAGUUCCAGACCUGAAAGGUUGCAGAAAUGGGCUUCUCGUUCUUUGACUCUUUCACUCUGAUGUCCAAAUAUAUGGGCCAUCUGUCAUGUUUGUAAAACGUUCUGGCAUGUUGACAUUUAUCCAGACACCAAAACAUUUCUCUUGCACAGUUCUGAGAGAUGCGAGUGUUGCUGAGAACGUGCCAGUAGUUAUGCCUCUUGCUGUGUAGCCGAUACAAGGCUCAAGGGUUUUCUGAAAGUGACAAUAUGAGGAAAGAAAGGAGAACUGGGCAAAUAAUUAUAUUUUGACUGUGGAGCAGGUAGGUAGUGGAAAGACAUCAAAUUGUCUUUGUAGAGGACAUUGCCAACAGCUUGGUAUCAACAUGACCAGAAUUGUGACAAAAAGCUUCACAUUUACACAAGCAGUAUAGCAAGACUUUAUUUUAAAAUUUUAUAAUAGGAUAUAUAUUAACUUUGAAUUGACUACUAAUUAAAGAUUGUGCAGCUCUUUUAUUACAUAAGCAUGUGAGUCAAACAACAGGCCUGACUGCUAAAUUAUUUUUUGGCAACUUUUGUAUUUUUUUUUUAUUUGAUAUAAGUCUGUAUUUUGAAAUGCUGUAGGGAAAAAAUCAACCAGUAUUAUGUAUUGCAAAAAACAUAUUUAUUUUAAAGUGUUAUUUAAUUAAAUGUUUAGAGACAGAAUGCUAUGCAUAUACAUUGUAACUAUCUUGCUAACACUGGAAAGGGUCACAGAGGUCAGGUGUAACUUGCAGUCUGUGGAUCCACUCAAAGUUGUAAGUGGACAAACUGGAACAUUUUUUUUUCUUCAUUGUGUUACCCCCAGCUCAUCUGUAGUGGUGCACUUGUCUUCUAGCCUUCCCUGAGAACAAUGUGCAGCCCUUAAAUCAAUUUAAACAUUUGUACAGUGUAAAUCUGAACUGCUGUGUGUGUGCAGUCUUUGGUGUACACUGUGAUCUUUGCAGUUAGACCUUCCUCCUGUGGUCUUUAAGCCUAAAUACAGUUUAGCAUCAAUUAACCUCA